GAGCUGGUAACCCCGGAGAACCCGCGCUUCACCCCCGUCACGCCUGUCUGCCGUGACUGCUCGCACGCUCGCAGGAUGUGGGGGAAGGGCCAGUGAGGUGAGGCGGGACCGUUAGAUGGGAAAAGUUAUGGACUGCAGCUCCAGUCUGGGGAUGCCAUAAGAAGAAAUGAAUGGCACAUUUCUUCACUGACCUCUGUACUGUAAGGAAGGAAUUAACUGCCCGUAUCUCUUUAUUACCUUCCUUAUCUGCACUUCAUCCCUCAAUCGUUCCCUGGAUGAAACCGUGCCCUUUCUGGUACCAGGAGAGCUAACAAUCAGACAAUCAACACAAGUCUGAAUGAUGUGCAAGCCUUAUUUUUUGUGAUGGGCACAUUGGCUUGAUUCAGAAGAAAUGUAUCACCGUGGAGGAGACAGGGGAUGGCAUCGUGGACACCCCCAGCGAGAUAUUCCUCCACCUAGAAGCCAUCGCUCCAGGCCAUACAGAGGAGGCUACCAUGAUCACAGGGAACACGACAACUAUGGGUCAUAUCAUGACAAUUCUUCAUUUAAUGAAUAUCGAGAGCAUAGAGAACCUGUAUACAACAGAGGGGGCCGUCAUGAUGGUAGCUAUCGAAAAGACACAUAUUAUCGUGGUGGCUACCAACGAGGACGUGGAGAACCUUCUUCUCGAUAUCGGGGCAAUGUCCCAGAGACUCCACAUAAGAAAUAUUCCCAUAAGCCCGUAAAAGCCCAUAAGAAUGAAAAUGAAAUUCGAGGGAAUACCAGUACACCACAACCUGCACAAAAAGUGAUCCAUAAUCCCGGUCGUACUGUUGUAACAUUAACACCAGGCAUAAGUGAGGAUGAAAGUGAAGCAACGCCCUCCAAAGAGAAAAGCCCUGAAGAAGAAAAAUACCGUCAGGUGCAUGAAUGCACAUAUGUGUAUUCAAAUGUAUCACAGAAUGAAAGUGAGACAAGCUCCUCCAAAAAGAAAAACCCUGAAGAUGAUCCCAGUCCCCCACAAGACUGUGAGAAGCUUUCACGGGAGACUGCAAAGCUAGCUAACAAAGAUGUAAAGGUAGACACUGUGAUAAAAGAAGAAAUCACAAGCCCGCUUUCUGAUCAGAGAAAUGAAAUGCUACCUGCAUGUAACAUAAAGACAGAGAUCACAGAAUCCAAGAUAGAGGAGACGCCUCAAACUGAGCAAAUUGUACAGGCAAUAGAACUGCCAACAAGUGUGAAUCCUGGAAAAAGGUCUCAUUCAGAGGUGGAAGAUUUUGGCGUCUGUCUAGAACAAAGGGAAGGAGAAUCAUUUGUGGUAAAGAGACUAUGCGGGAACCAGGAUAGAGAUGAAGAGAAGACUGAUCAGAUCCCUCUGCUGGGCUGCUGGGUGGAUAUUCCAUCCGAGUCUGUGGUGUCUGCUAGCACCACUGAACAAGAGCACACAGGAUCUGUGAAUUUUAAGCUGCCAGACACUGCACAAGAACUGCGUACAGCUUUUAUCUUGGCAAGAAAAGAACAGAUUGAAGUGGCCUUUGCUCAAGACUGCAAAACAUUUUCCUUUGUUGCCAGCACUUUACUGAAAAAAGACCCCUCUAUGGAGACUGCUGUGAUAAGUGCUCUGCGCUCCAGCCUGCAGGAGAUGGCUGGACUCUGUGUGCAAGAACUGAAUAACUUUAUAGACCAAUAUGACUCGUCUGUCGGCUGAUGUCUUAGGGUUAAUAAUCUUGUCCAUUUCUUCUCAAUAUUUCCCAGUCAACAAGAAAGCUUGCAGACUGGGAACUGACUUGUGUGUUUUCUUCUUGUGAAAUAAACAGUGUUUUGUUAGAUUUUCCAAAGAAUUCUGCCCCACAGAAUAAGUAGGGUGAAAAAUGUAAGAAAUAAUGGUAUGUUGUAAAAGACUGUCUAAUCUAUCCCAUAUAUAAUAAUGUUAUGCAAGGAAAGAGCUAGAGUCAUUCGUAUUAAAGGUUUGAUGCACAUCAUUGUGUGUUGUCUGGUGCACGUUCCAGUGACUACUAGAUUUAUCAAUUCUUUUCUAAUCUUGCUCAUUUGGAAAUCUUUUCUUCUUUUGUGUUUUACACUGGUUUUUACAUAAGGAUGCCCUUAAUUCAUGGCAGUGUCAUACAGUCGUGCAUGUGUUGCAGGCUCCAAUUUUCUCCUCAAUCGGAUGUGUGAAGUGGACCACUGACUGUCGUUGCUAAAGGGGUUUUCCGAGAUUUUAAUACUGAUAGGUGGGAGUCCGAUGCCCAGGACCCUCGCUGAUCAGCUGACAAGGCACCACUGCCUUUUCUUAGCCCCUGGGACAUGUUCAUCGGUCACAUGGCUUAGGCACAGCUCAGGUCCGAGUGUGAUACCAAGCACAGCUGCUACACAGUGCAGUGCCGCAGCACUCACAAGAACACUUCUGCCUUCUCAAGCAGCUGAUCGGCGGGGAUCCUGGGUGUCGGACCCCCACUGAUCAGAUACUGAUGCCUUAUCUUGAGGAUAGGUCCUUAGUAUUAAAACUUCGGAAAACUCUUAAGUCUGCCAAUUAAUGGAAUCCAUAUUGAGACUCUACUCUGCUGCAGUAGAAAGGUCAUGCAGUGGAUUUGACAUUCAGCAGGUUUUUUAUGGCAGGGAUUGUAAAACUCCAUUCACUUACAUUGUUGCAGGCGUUUAGUGCAUAUCCCGCACUGCUGCUUGUAGAAGUGACGCACAUGACUUCAAAGUUGCAACUUUUUUUUUCUUUGCUCUUUUGCAUCUCUGGUCUACAUAGUCCCGAGCAUAGAAAAGGGUCAUGUCAUUUAGGCAGUGUUAAAGGGGUUGUGCAGUGCUACGAUAUUGAUGACCUAUCCCCAGGGAAGGUCAUCAAUAUCAGAUUGGCUUUUUUGAAGGGGUCACGUUAGAAUGUAACAAGCAGUUACAAUGCACCACAGCUACAAGGUAGACCACAUGCAGUUAAAGAUUGAGGAGAAUGCAGGGGUACCUGGAGUCAGACCCCCGCCUAUGAUAUAUCCUGUGGAUGGUCAUUAUCAUAACACUGCACAACCUUUUUAAUGGCCGUAAUGUACAGUAUGUUAAAGAAGCUACAUGUGGUCAUCAACUGGUGACAAAAUGAUGAUGAUAAAUUAUUCAAGCUUCUCUGGCUAAAAUGACACAGCUUUUCAGAAAAGUGGGCCAAUGUCUUCUUUCUUCGGUGCAUUUAUGACCUUUUUUUUAGGCCUAUUUCACUUAAGUGAUAAGGAAUGUGUCAAAGUCUGUUAAUUAUGAUGUGGAUAAUUUUACAUGCACGUUGAAUUCGUGUUUGUCUGAAUCAUUUUUUAAUGUGAAUAAAAAAACAAACAAACUUAAACCGUCAGAAAAGUGGACCGCACAUGGCUGAUGUCCAUAUGUUGUCAGUCUUUAUUUUCACUGACAACUUACUGGAAUGGACCAGUCCUGAGUGAAAAGGCAUGAAGGUAGCACACACUGCUAUUCUUUGUGAAAGCACAGAUAGUCAGGAAAAACUAAUGCUCAUGUGCAUGUUUUACCCAUUGAAAUGAAUGGGUAACUGUUAUUCUGGAUGCUAUUGUCAUAAUGGAUGGUCACUGGAUGGAAACAUUAACCAUGUGAAAUUCACCAUUGGCCAUUUUUAGACACUACGAUGCUGUCGAGGUAGAGGCGCUCAGGAGUGUAACACAUUUAAGACCAGGUCUAAGGUCUUGAACUAACUGCAUAAUCCUAGGCAUCUAUGAUGCUCUUAGUUUGACCUGUCCUCAGCCUGGGAUUUGUGGAACUGGCCAAAAACAUGAGUUUGCAUACCUUUUUUUGUUUUUGUAGGUUUUUAGGCUAGGGCUACACAGCAACAUUUGUUGUAAUGAUAGUUAAUGCUGCGACAGGGUAGUCGCAAAAAAUCCAUCCAAGUUGAAUUUUUGAGCAACUGUCGCAUCAGUACAACACUAUUGCUUGUCAUCAUAAAUGUCGCAGUGUAGUUGUACCCUUUUUGUUGUGCGACUCGCAUCACAGUGUCACCUUAGCCUUAGUCAAAAUGCAGUGUGCCACAGGUUUGGCUUUUUUUUUUUUUUUUUUUUUUUUUCCAUAAAGCUUCAAAAUUGACUGUA